AUGACUGUGGAGUUGCAGCCCAACACUCCAGCCCGCAUCUUCCUCCUUCAUUUCCUUAACCGGCUGCAGGUGGAUGAUUGACUGGAUGGAGAGCUGAUGAGACUCUUUGUCACAGUUGAUGAUCCAAAAAAAAAACAUGUCUGUACUAUGGAGAUAUACAUCACGUACAGAGUCACAAACAGCCCUUCCAGAAAAAUUUGUAGGAUAAAAGGAGUUGUAGAUCGCUUUCAGAAGAAUUUGUUGAGCAGGAGAAAGGCCUUGGAUAAAUUCUUGAAAAGGAGAGAUCAUCCUGUGCUCUUCAACGAACACUUUCAUGUGUUUCUUAUGCCAAAGAUCUUAAUGCUUAUUAAAAAACAAGGAAUGGCCUUGCUUUCCAAUGGAGAAUCAGUCAAAUAUGUCCACGGAAGCUAUAAAUUAGAAGUCGACCAUUGGAGUUUGCAAGCCAUUGGUGACUACCUGGAUACGUUUUCUCUGAAGCUUGGAACUAAUAGGAUAGCACAGAGGAUAAUAAAGGAGGAAGUUGAAUAUCGGUGGGAAUUGCGAGAGUAUGGUCCUGUAUAUCCCGGUGGGUUAGAAAAGGAGCUGUCAGAACCUCUGGAGAGUGUCUGCCUGCAUUGGGAAUUGUCUACUGCUCUUGAGGAACUGAGUGAAGAAAUGACAGAGGACUUCUUGCCUGUUCUAGAGAGUAUAUCCUGUACUGGAGUCCAUGAAAAUGUGUUGAAGAAAAGAGAUCAAGUUCAAGCAGAAUAUGAAGCCAAACUAGAAGCGGUAGCCCUCAGAAGAGAGAACGCCCCAGGUUAGCAUGUGCCCACAGAAGUUGAAAAGUGUCAAGACCGAGUGGAGUGCUUCAAUGCGGACCUAAAGGCAGAAUGGGACCGAUGGCAGACAACAAGCGGCGCAAGACUUUCGCAGUACUCAUGGGAAUGGGCAGAUAAAAACAUUCAGUACUAUGAGAAGGUAAUCGCGGCGUGGGAAUCAAUUAUACCUCUAUUGCAAGACAAGUCUGAGACCAAAUAA